AUGACCAUCACCACCUUGGCGGUCGGUGCGGCUGUCACUCCGACAGUGGUAAAGACGUAUAUCUCCCACUACGCGAACCGAAAGGAACGUCGUGAGAAACCCACCGCACACAUCUCCUACGACGAAGGCUUGCAUCUGAUUCGAACCUUCCUCAAAUAUGCUUCCCACCAUACCGUCGAAGACCUACAGUCCUUCACGGGACAGUGGGUGCCCAGCCCGUCGUGGGUCAGGACUGAGAACGUCACGGUCCCGGACGACUACCUCGCAAAGGCAGCCCGUACCAUCACCAGCCAACUGGGCGCGGCCGGUGUGGAAUCCGUCGGUGGUACAAGGUGGUGGCAGUGGCGGCCCCGCGGAGGUGAGCUGAAGGCAGAAUGGAUCGAAAUGCGUGCACACUACAACGAGCAGAAGAGACAGGGCUCAAAGAGUAGGAGGAUCAUGCUGUACGUCCACGGCGGGGGCUAUUUCUUCGGCAGCGUGGAUGAGCACCGCUAUCAGAUGCAAAGACAUGCUCGCAAGCUCAAGGCCCGUGUGUUCGCUCCGAGGUAUAGACUGGCACCACAGUUUCCAUUCCCUUCGGGGCUGCAAGACUGUCUAGCUGCAUAUCUCUAUCUCCUGGACAUGCACGACCCAAGUGAGAUCAUCCUGGCGGGCGACUCAGCUGGCGGAGGUAUGAUCGUCUCAAUCCUGUGCAUGCUGAGGGAUCAAGCACUCCCAUUGCCUGCCGGCGCGAUCCUCAUUUCGCCAUGGGUCGACCUUUCGCACUCAUUCCCAAGCCUAAGCGGCAAUGCUGAACUCGACUACAUUCCCCCUUAUGGUUUUAUGCAAAAGCCAUCAGCGGCUUGGCCGCCUCCCAACGACGAAGAAGUUGCGACUAUCAGCAGGCUUGCCAAGGGGGCCGGUGGCUUGCUUCCAGUAGCACAAGACGAACAAAAACCAACGACUGUGCCAGAUGACGACGGUGGUGGAGUCAAGCCUGGGCCUCAACUGCCUCUCUCCAUCGAGCUGGAUGGGAAGCGGGUUGUUCUGAAAGAUCAGAUACAAAUGUAUACGACAAACCAACUACUGGCACAUCCAUUGGUAUCACCUGUCCUACAGCCAUCACUCGGUGGCCUUCCCCCGGUUCUGAUUCUGACGGGAGGUGGGGAGAUCUUACGAGAUGAACAAAUCUACCUUGCUCACAAGAUGGCAAAUCCCUCGAAAUAUCCCCUGGGCGCCGCUUACAGAUCGAGAUACGAUCCAGACGAAACAAUACUGAACAAGUACAAAGCUACACCAGUCAUGUUACAAGUAUGGGAUGAUCUGUGCCACGUUGCGCCAACUCUCUCAUUCACUCGUCCCGCCAAGUUCAUGUACCGUUCAAUUGCUCAAUUUGGGGCCUGGGUGCUGGCAAAAGCGCAAAAGCGUGCAAUUGACAUUGUGGACGAUGACAACUUAUCGAUCAUUUCAUCUCAGACAGAUUCCGGUUCUGCGACCGAUGCCGAGGUCGCGUCCUCGGCAGAUAGCAUCUCCCGGGUCAAGAUAGAUGCAAGCAAGACGACAGGAAGCGUUGGCCGAGCUGACGAUCCUAUACCGCCGUUUGCGAAUAACAUGAUUCGGCAAAGAAUUGAUCGCUAUGGACGCAUCUAUCCUUUGGCGGAACCGCAUGAUUUGCCCGCCCUCCGACUGCACCCGGACGACGUUGGAGUGAUCAAGCCUGGUCCCGUGAGGAAAUGGCUCGAGGCUAAGGCUUCGUGGGACGCGAAAUAUGCGAGUACGAGGAAGCGCGUGCAAAAGGAACGAGUUAAAGCUCUCGCCAGUGGGAAAAUCAUGGGAUUUGAGGCUGGCGAGCAUCCGCCUCCUAGUGCGCUUGCUGGCCGACGGACAGACAAGGAUAUAAUGACCAUAAAGAAGAGAAAGAGCUACGGCCUUGCAAUGUGGAGUGGAUGGGGAAGCAAGCACGACGAAUCGACUCUGAAGAGGGAAGAAGAGGCUGUAGAAGUCGGGCAAUUGAUUGAUGAGCCUCCGGACCCUGCAUCAGAGCAAGACAAAAACACAGAGACACCGCGACAAACUGUCGGGACUGAUGGACAAGUGGAAACCAGCCCAGUUGAAGUGACGGCUGUGAAACGCGCUCGAAACCGGAAACGAAGUUCGAGCACGAAACGGACGACGAGCGAAUCGCGGACUCGUGGACGAAAGCGAACCAUUUCAGUGACCGACCGAGGGCAGGCUGAGGGCCGUUUUGUGCCCGCGAUAGUACCGCCGCAACAUGCGAUGACGUUGACCGAGUCACCAGAAGCGAUGAGGAGUCAAACAGUGCCUCAUGCCGAGCGAGCCACGUCUCCAACUGGGUCUUUACUUUCGUCCGGAUUUUUACCAAAAUUCAAGACAGCCUCUCAUCUCCGCGAUGAUAGCGGUGGCAGCCCACAACAAAUGCCCAUCCUCUCCGAUGCCGCGAGCACGAUGACCGGACGCAGCGGCACAUUUGCCGAUGACGCGAGCACGACGGCGGUCUUCGCUGCUCCGGGCGUGAUGAAGAGCGCCGACACUCAGCAAGCCGAACCCGGUCAAAUUCCCCAUCCCACCACACCAAGACGACCCCAGAGCCCGCUUGUGAAUGAGGCGACGAGCGUCAACUCGGAUGGCGAGGACGUUGAUGAAGGCGUUGCAAGCGGCGCUCCCAGUGUGAUGUCGCGUCCGCAUACUUCUCUUGCCGGCUUCGGCAGCGACUCGCCUCGCAGCCAGCGUAGUCUCGAUCGCUUGCAGAGCCAUCAGCUCGACGAGGGCAUGGGCAGACUGGCGCCUCUGAGAAGCACAAGUUCGACUGCUGUUGUCCGGGCGGAAGGUGUCGUUAGUGUUAUAGACAGCACCCUCGACGGGGCGGGGCACCAUAUUGCAGAUCAGGAGGAGACGAAUAAUGACUCUCCGGGGAAGUUGAUCGAAACCACAGACAACCUGGACAAGGAGGGAUCGAACCAGGACGUCGCAAAUCGAGCUGAAAAGAGUGAACCCAAAAGACCGAAGAUGUAUGACCGUGCCGAGACGGACUUUCAGACAGCGUUCGAGAAGAUCUGA